GUAUGCACUCGCCGCCCUUGUCCCUCCAACCACACCUGUUCUCCUAUCAGAGGAACCAGCUUCAGCCAGUCUGCUAAGGGGCUUGCUGACGCCAGAAGACCCCCCUUCUUUUGUCUCUCUCUCUUCCUUUCAUGCUCCUUUUUCGCCACUAAAAGAGUGGCAUGAAUAAUCCAUGCCAGAUAAAGAACUGCAGCAGAGAGGGACGUGAUCACAAGCCUCACUCGUGCAUGUACGCACACCCUCGGACACACACACGCACGCGUGUAUCGUGAGCAGGGCUAAUGGAGGCAGAGCAGAGGGGCGUGUGAGACUGCAGUGGCAUCCUUCUUCUCCACUCGACGCGUGCAGAUUGAUCUUCCUCUUACGCUCCAAAAGCUGAAGCUGGCAUGUUCUGCUUCUGCCUGCAGGGCUCUUUGCUGAAGCUCCAGGCUCUGGAGGGAGACACCAGCCCUUCUUCAGACACCUCUCCUGAAGACAGUCCACCCAGCCUGGGAUUCAAAGAUGAAAUCCCGAUUCCUUCAUGCAAUGGCGUUGGGGAAGAGCGCAGCCCACCAGAUUGUAGGCUGGCAGAGGGUGACUGUAGCAGUGAUCUCCAGCAGAUCCCGGGGCCCAGUCGACUCAUCCAGCACAUCACAGAUGACAACAGCCCCCUGCCCUCCCCACGCUGCUCCAGCCUCAGCCAGAGCCAACGCUUCAACACAGACCCUGAAUCUGCCCCAUCUCCACCCUGUGCACAGCAUCUCAUCAUGGCUCGUGGAGUUGUUAGAACAGAGGUUUCUGGAGAUGCCAUGGAAGCUACUUCCAUCCCAAACCUCACCAAACACAUCCAAACACUCAAGAGGAAAAUACGCAAGUUUGAAGAGCGCUUUGAGCAAGAAAUGAAGUAUAAGCCUUCACAUAAUGAUAAAUCAGCCAAUCCAGAGAUUUUCAAGCUCAUGAGUGAACUAGCCAGGUCUCGGAAACAGCUCAAAGAUUUGAAGCUUAGACUGUCAUUUGAGGAAUCCCAGAAACAUGAGAACAACCAGUCCACAGAUGUUUGCAGGUACACUAACGGCCAGCAGGAGACGCCAGAGCAGCCGCACAAGCCCUCUCUGGAGGAGACAGUGGACACGGUCCUCAAACGACUACGGGAGAAACGCCAGGCCCUCGGCCUCCCAGACAACAUGAAGGAGAUGACCCAAAGACAGAUGGCCCUGGAGAAGAUCACUCUGCAAAAAUGUCUGCUGUAUUUUGAGAGCUUACAUGGGCGCCCUGGCACCAAACAAGAGAAGAACCUGGUGAAACCUCUCUAUGAUAGAUACCAGAUGGUCAAACAUCUCCUAUGUUCGAUUCCCACUAUUACAACUAUAGAAGAAGAAGAAGGCUCAGAUGAUGACUCCGUUCGGUACACACCCCCACCCAUGUACCUCACUGAUAAGAGAGGCUGUGGGGAGGAGGAGGGAGACAGUGACCCGGCCUUUGUGUCUCCGCUGGAUGAGAUCAAGACAGUGAGACAAUCAGUCAUAACCAUGUCCAACCUCCACGAGGCCUCCAGGUCUGAGUUGCUGGAGUGUUUACGUGAGACUCGAGCUGAGAAGAAGAGACGACGUAAAGCCAUCAGAGAGUUUGAAGAGCAGUUCUUCAGACAGAUGGGAAGACCACACAAAAAGAUGACCGAAUCCCCAUGGCCGAGGAGUACCAGGAGUACAAAAGUCUCAAAGCCAAAUUACGCUUACUGGAAGUGUUGCUCAGCAAACAGGAAACCACUUAGACCAUCUGAGAAGUCGUCUUUCUGCCUUUCAGUAUCGAAGCCGAUGUUUGGACCAAAUGGUGUUUUUACAUUUGACAUAAUUGUGCCAUUAUGAUGCUAAAUGCACUUUAAUAUCAUUUCUGACCACAUUGGAAGUCCUAGACUCAAUGGGUUGGGCCGAACCGAUCAAGGCCUUUCAGUGGCUACUAUCUCAUAAACGCAAACAUGUGCGAUUCUCUGUUGUGUACAGAGCAAGACGGAUCAAUACAAACCUCAUUCAGAUUUCAAAGGGCAAAGGGAAAUAUAGAGUAUUCAUCUAUGUGUAUGGAAUAUGGCACUUUAUUUUUGGUGGAGAUUUUUUUUAACCAAAGUC